AAAAUCGCCCGUUUUCCGGUGUCACUCUGGCUAACGGUGCCUAACUUGCCGCAGGUCACGGACCGCAGGCUUGCGCCACUUGAUGCACCCACAUUCACGCACACACACGCGCGCAUUCCACCAGUGACUGUAGUCAUCGCCUUGCUUCCAGAAACGGACGAGCUUUUGGAUUUAGCAGCCGGUGCCUCCGUUCAGCGAUGCUGUGAAGAGCUGCUCCAGACAACCUCGGGUUAAAGUGAGGCCAUCGAAACAGAGAUGUCAGUCCCUUCCAGUUAGCAACAACUCUACAGGAAUGGGGAUCUAAAGGAGAGUCUGCAGCUCUCCUCUCAGGGACAGUCUUCUGCAGCCCUUCACUAAUCACGGGCCUGCCUGGCAUCUUUCAUCCAUAUCAUUCCUCUUUCCAUCCACCCAUCCUUCCCCCUGUCAUGAAAGGCCUCUCUAGUAGUCGGGGUCACCAUCAUGUGGUCUCCUAUGAACCAUCAUAUGAUGCACUGGGUCACCAUGUUGACCGCAAGCCAUAUUUUAUCACUCAGAUGGACAUGCCUGUGCCCAUUCCCAUGCCACAUCCAGCUGAGCUAUCCUACUAUAAUGCUCAGCGUACCUCAUACCCCUCUGACGGCAACGCCAUCGUCCCAUAUGGAACCUUUCCAAGGAGGUGCCACUCCACCUCCUCAUCUCACCAUCCUGAGGUAAAGGAUGAGUGUAUGGCCAUGGUACCAUAUGUAGGAGGAGGAGGGGGAGGAGGAGAAGGAGGUGCAGGAGGCUAUGGAGGUAAAACGCCCACUCGGGUACCAGCAAACUUUGCUGACCCGUUUGAGCGUCAGCCGUCAUUUUCCAGAGAUGGCUACCAUACACUGCAGUACAAACGAGGAGUCCUGGCCCAUAGUGGGGGUAUGGGGGCCAACAACAACAACAAUGACAGCCCAGGGAGAAUUCGCCACCUGGUCCACUCAGUCCAGAAACUCUUCACCAAAUCACAUUCACUGGAGGGCCCACAUCACACACAGUCCUCCAAGGGGGCCAAUAAUGUGAGCGUUAAUGGUGGUGGUGGUGGUGGAGGAGGUGGUGGUGGUGGUUCAAGGGCCAGCCCAGAGGGUGAAACUCCACCAGUGGGAGUGCGCCACCGGAAGCGCAGCAAGAGUCGUGAGCGCUGUCGAUCAGCAGAGCCCAAGCAUCGAAGCCACCACCACCACCACCACCAGCUCCACGGCUCAGCAUCUGCUCCAGGCUCUGGAUAUUGGAGCUCAGAUGACAACCUGGAACGGGAGCUGUGUCUCUACCACCCUCACCACCACCAACCUCCACCCUCACCCUCACCCUCCAUUUCCCCCUCGCCCAUCGCCAUGACAAUGGGCCGAUACCCCAGCAACAACCCCGACAAGUUUCCCCAGACUCCCCUCCCCAGUCUCUCCUCCUCACAGUCGCAGCAGUACUUCAUGAUGGACCCUUACGGCACACUCAACAAACACACACACAUCCACGCACACCAUGGCCACACACACCACCAUUCUGCACUGAAAGCCUCCCGGAGCAACAACGAUGUGAAGUAUACAGCAUCAUCAGCAUGUGUGCCAGUUAGUGGUAGCAGCAAUAACAGCGGUGGCGGUAUCACUGGAGGAAGUGGCCCCUUGCUGCCACUGGGUCAUGUGGAAGGGCCCCUUGUGAAGAAAGGGGCAUGGUCGUCGAGUCUAACGGUGAGCAGGGCCCGAGAGGUCUACACCAACAACAGCAGCCACAACCAGCUACAAGCCAGCGCAGGAUCCGGUAACCUAAACCUAGAUAGAGCUCUAGUCAAAUCUAAGGGCAGUCAGCAGCAGGAGCACUCUUGCCAUUUCUUACAGGUACCUCAGGAUGAGUGGAGCGGCUUCUCUCCUCUAGGAAAGGAGGAUGAUAUCCCCUGUCGGAGGAUGAGGAGUGGCAGCUAUGUCAAAGCCAUGGCUGAGGACGACAGUGGAGACUCUGACGGAAGUCCCAAACCCUCCCCCAAGGUCCAGGCACGCCGAGCCAGUUAUCUAAAAGCCACACAGCCAUCACUGACGGAGAUGACCACCCUACAGAUUUCGACAGAGCACUCACCCAAACUGCAGAUCAGGAGCCACAGUUACCUGCGUGCGGUGAGUGAGGUAUCAAUCAACAGAAGCGUGGAUACCCUGGACCCCAAAACCCUCCUCGACCCCAAAUCGCUGUUGUCCUCACCCCAGUAUCGCUCUCGUAAUGAAAGCUACAUGAGGGCCAUGAGCACCAUCAGUCAGCUCAGUGAGUUGGAGGUGAACGGGCAGAUCGAGCAGGUCUGUGAGCAGGUCUACAGCCAGUUGCAGUCCCAGGCCAUGGAGGCUGCCAUGGACAGCAUGGACACCAUGGACACCCUGCCUAUGCCGGGAUGCUUCCGGAUGCGGAGCCACAGCUAUGUGAGGGCGAUUGACCAAGGCUGUGCUGGGGAGGAGGAGGGUGAAGGAGGGAGACCGCUGCUCCUGCUGCCAUCCUCCCCACCACGCACCUCUGCCACCACCGUCAGAACCAUCCAGAGCAGCACAGUUUCAUCUUGCAUCACCACCUAUAAGAAAACCCCUCCACCAGUGCCGCCCCGAAACUCCACCUGCUCCACAGCCUCCAAGCCCUACAUCUCCAUCACAGCCCAGAGCAGCACAGAGUCUGCACAGGAUGCAUACAUGGAAGAGGAGGGACCCAGAGGUGACAUGACCAUCCAGUCAGGGCUCAGUAACUCAACAGAAAGCAUUGACAGCAUGAAGGCCUUGACUGCUGCCAUAGAAGCUGCUAAUGCACAGGUCCAUGGACCAGCCAGUCAACAUGUCAGUAACAGCACAAUGACAGUCAGCACCCCCACACACUCAGUCCUGAGCAGGGGGCCAGUUAUUGAAGACCACCGGGAUGAAUACAGGAAAGAUGCACUCAGGAAGGGCAAAUGUCUCUCCAUAGGCAUCCAGGUGGAUGGACCAGAGGAGAUUCCAGAUCUAGAGGACCCAUCCAAGUUCACUUCUGUAGGGGUACAAGUGGAGGAUGACAGAAGGUAUCGGAGGUUCCAGCGCUCCAACAGUGUGACAGCAGCUGUGCAGGCAGAUCUGGACAUGCCUGACUUGCUGGACACCCCUCUGGACUCCCCAGACACUGACAUGGAAGUCCUGUCAUCUGGAGCCAUCUCUCGACAAUACUCGCACGAUGCCACCCCCUCUACUGUCAGCAUACAAGGCUCAGGGAAUCACUACCACGCCUGUGCCUCUGAUGACUAUGAAGAUGUGGGCUUUGACCCAUCCAUCCUGCCCCCUCCAGAUCCAUGGAUAGAUAGUGUAACAGAUGACCCUCUUGAUGUCAGCUUCAACAGCUCUGCUAUGCUGGAGGUGGUGCAGCGGUCAAUCUGUCAGAGAGAUGGACGCUGGUUCCUGAAGCUGCUGCAGGCUGAGACUGACCGCAUGGAGGGCUGGUGUCGACAGAUGGAGCUCGACCAGCGGGAGAAUGACCUGCCUGAAGAUAUCCUCGGGAAGAUGAGGAGUGCAGUAGGAAGUGCUCAGCUUCUGAUAGCCCAGAAGUUUCAACAGUUCAGGGAGCUGUGUGAGGAGAACCUGAACCCUAAUGCCCACCCUCGUCCUGUGGCCUCAGACCUGGCUGGUUUUUGGGACAUGCUUCAGUUGUCAAUCGAGAAUAUAAGUCUCAAGUUUGAUGAGCUUCACCAGCUCCGAGCCAACAACUGGAGACCUCUGGAUCCCCCUGAGAGAAAGUGAAGGUGCUUGCAAACCCGCCACGCAUCAGUCAGCAUAACCGCAAUGCCACCUGCAUCGCAAUGCCUUGACACCUCUGGGCCUCCGUAGUUCCAUCAUGUCUGUUUUUCCAUCCAUCUGUCCAUGCUUCCUUCUGCCCUUCCUUCCUUUCUUCUGCCACCUGAGCUGCCUCACUGUGUGUGGCUUUUUGUUUUGUGUGCUGUAGCUGCCAGUGUCAAAUUGGAUGUACAUGAGCAAGUGUGGCUUCUAUUCCUUCUCCAGAAAUACUGGACAUUUCACCGUAUGGGCCACACUGUUGACACAACGCUUUCGCAGGAGAUAAUAAAAAUACAUGCAGAAACUACAGCCAUAAAAUAACAAAACAUGCAGUCUGAACUUUGUGCAAACAUUUUAAACUGGUAAACAGAUAAGUACAGUUGAGAGGACCAGAAAAACAUGACUGAAAAAACAGGUGUAAUAUUCCUGUCAAAGCAUGGCUUGGUGAAAAACAACAGCAAAGUUUCUUUAAUUAAAGAAGUUAUUCCUGGACAAUGCUUUAAAAUAAAAAUAAUAAUAAUGAUUUCAUCUCUCUAUAGCCAGUAACCUAUAGUAGAGGGGAAAGUGAAAACAGAAACACACUUUAAUACAGUGCAAACUGAACAGGAAUAAAUAGCAGCUACCUAACUGAUUGUUUGGUGAUACUUGACAAUGUAUCCACUCAGUUAUAUGGUCAUUUUGAGGCUGUAAUAUAAAAAAGGUGUUUCUGCUACAGUUCUUACAGAAGUAAAUCAUACAGUCUGCAACUAAGUUGUGCACAGUAAAUAACAAAAUAAUAUAAAUACGACUAUGUGUUGGUGUUUCUAUUUUAUGUAUUAUUCCACAAAUCAUCAUCCAUCCAUCCAUUAUCUAUACCACUUAUCCUGAACUGGGGGGGGGGCAAUCCCAGCUGACACUGGGUGAGAGGUGGGGUCCACCCUGAACAAGUCACUGGUUGCUGACACUAAGAGGCAGACGACACAAAUCAUUGUACUGUACUUAACUAUUCUAUUAACAAAAAAGUGUGAAUCAUCACAUGCAGGGAACACGAUAAGAAUCCCAGAAAACAGCAUGUAAAUAGCUGCAGUAUUACUGAAACGGUGUGUGGCAUAAUACAGUAUGUUAAAAAUAUGGAGGGAUAAAAAAGAAUUACACAGAAUGUCUAAUAUGUCUUACAACCCCAGUACUAUCAUCAUCAUACAUUAUAUUAUUGAAAGAUUCAGAGAAUCAACAGAAAUCUGUAAACAAAGGAACAAGGCCAAAAACCAAUGUUAACAGUUGUGAUCUUCUGGCAACACCACAUUAAAAUACACACACAAUGAUGUAGUGGGGAUCACUGCAUGGGCUCAGGAACACAGCUGUCAGUAAACAGUUCACUGCUACAUCCAUAAAUGCAAAAAAACAAAAAAACAAAACAAAAAAAACCAUAUAAACAAGAUCCAUGGAAAAAUAUUCUGUGGUCUGACAAGCCAAAAAUUUUUAUUACACUGCUCAAAAACAAUUAAGGGAACACUUGAUCAUUGCAGUAGAACACCAAGUCAGUAAAACUUUAGGGAUAUCAGUCUGUCCAUUUAGGAAGCACAAGUGAUUGUGAAUCCGUUUCAUCUGCUUUGGUGCAAAUGAAAGUGACAACACGUGCAGUGGAGUGGCAAAAGUAAGACAACCCCCAAAAAAGGGACUGGUUCUGCAUGUGGUGACCACAGACAAAUGCUCUCUCCUGAUCCUUCCCAAGGUUUGUGUUGUGCUAGUGUCCUUGUCACUACCUGGAGCAUUAGGCAGUUCCUGCAGUCCAGUCACGUUGCACAGGUAGGCCAAUCACUCCAAGAUGGCACAUCCAUACGUGCAGUCGCAAGAAGGUUUGCUGUCUCCCAGAAUAGUUUUAAGGGCAUGGAGGAGAUACCAGGAGGCUGAAUGUUACACCAGCGCUGAGGAAGGGCAACAACCCACCAGCAGGACCAGUGUCUGCUCCUUUGUGCAAGGAGGAACAGGAGGAGCACUGUAAGAGCCCUACAACAUGACCUCCAGCAGCUACUGAUGUGCAUGUUGCUGACCAGACUGUCAGAAACAGACUCCAUGAAAGUGGCAUGAGGGCCCAACGUCCUCUAGUACGACCUGUGCACACAGCCCAGCGCCAUGCAGUUCAAUUGGCAUUCAGAGACCAACGGAAUUGGCAGGUCUACCACUGGCACCCCAUGUCAUAGCCAAUGGUACCCUGACUGCUGUGAGGUACCAAGAUGAAAUCCUCAGAGCAACUGUCAGACCUUACCCCAGUGCAGUGGGCCCUGGGCUCCUCCUGGUGCAGGACAAUGGCCUGUACACAGUUCCUGGAUGACAAAGUAGUGAUGUCAUUGACUGGCCCUCACAUUCCCCUGACCUAAAUCCAACUGUGGGACAUUAUGUAUCGGUGCAUCUGAUACCACCAAGCACCAACCACAAACUGUCCAGGAGCUCAGUGAUGCCCUGAUCCAGGUCUGGGAGGUAAUCCCCCAGGACAUCAUCCACCGACUCAUCAGGAGCAUGGCCAGAUGUUGUUGGGAGUGCAUACAGGCACAUGGGGCCACGCACACUUUUGAGUCACAUUAUGAGUUGCUGAUGAUGAAACUGACACAACGUGGAUGACCCUGUGAUUUUCAGUGUGAUUUUGAAUCCAG